AUGGCUGCUGUUGUCCAACAGAACGACCUAGUAUUUGAAUUUGCUAGUAACGUCAUGGAGGAUGAACAACAGCUUGGUGAUCCAGCUAUUUUUCCUGCCGUAAUUGUGGAACAUGUUCCUGGUGCUGAUAUUCUCAAUAGUUACGCAGGUCUAGCCUGUGUGGAAGAGCCCAAUGACAUGAUUACUGAGAGCUCCCUGGAUGUCGCUGAAGAAGAAAUCAUAGAUGACGAUGAUGACGACAUCACCCUUACAGUUGAAGCUUCCUGUCAUAAUGGGGAUGAAACAAUUGAAACUAUCGAGGCUGCUGAGGCUCUCCUGAAUAUGGAUUCUCCUGGCCCUAUGCUGGAUGAAAAACGAAUAAAUAAUAAUAUAUUUAGUUCAUCUGAAGAUGACAUUGUUGUUGCCCCAAUCACCCAUGUAUCCGUCACAUUAGAUGGGAUUCCUGAAGUAAUGGAAACUCACCAGGUUCAAGAGACAUAUGCACACUCACCGGGAGCCUCAUCGCCAGAACAACCCAAGAGAAAGAAAGGGAGAAAAACCAAACCACCACGACCAGAUUCCCCAGCCACUACACCAAACAUUUCUGUGAAGAAGAAAAACAAAGAUGGGAAGGGAAACACAAUUUAUCUUUGGGAGUUUUUACUGGCACUGCUCCAGGACAAAGCUACUUGUCCUAAAUAUAUAAAAUGGACCCAGCGAGAAAAAGGCAUUUUUAAAUUGGUAGAUUCUAAAGCAGUAUCCAGGUUGUGGGGAAAGCACAAAAACAAACCUGAUAUGAACUAUGAGACCAUGGGAAGAGCUCUCAGGUACUAUUACCAAAGGGGUAUUCUGGCAAAAGUGGAAGGUCAGCGCUUGGUGUAUCAGUUUAAGGAAAUGCCAAAAGAUCUUAUUUAUAUAGAUGAUGAGGAUGCAAGUUCCAGCAUAGAGUCUUCAGAUCCAUCCCUGUCUUCAACAACCACUUCAAGUAGGAACCAAGCAAGCCGAUCGAGAGUGUCUUCAAGUCCAGGGAUAAAAGGAGGAGCCACUACCGUUCUAAAACCAGGGAAUUCUAAAGCUGCAAAACCCAAAGAUCCUGUGGAAGUUGCACAGCCAUCAGAAGUUCUGAGGACAGUGCAGCCCACACAGUCUCCAUACCCCACCCAGCUCUUCCGGACUAUUCAUGUAGUACAGCCAGUACAAGCUGUCCCAGAUGGAGAAGCAGCCAUCACCAACUGCGUGCAGGAUGAAACAUUAAAUUCUUCCGUUCAGAGUAUUAGGACUAUACAGGCUCCAACCCAAGUUCCAGUGGUCGUGUCUCCUGGGAAUCAGCAUUUGCAUACAGUAACACUCCAGACAGUGCCAAUCACAACAGUUAUAGCCAGCACAGAUCCAUCAUCAGGUGCUGGAUCUCAGAAAUUUAUUUUGCAAGCUAUUCCAUCAUCACAGCCCAUGACAGUACUGAAAGAAAAUGUCAUGCUACAGUCGCAGAAGCCAGGCUCUCCUCCUUCAAUUGUCUUGAGCCCUGCCCAUGUACAGCAGGUUCUUACUAGCAACGUUCAGUCCAUUUGCAAUGGAACCGCCAGUAUGGCUUCAUCUCCGUCCUUCAGUGCUACUACACCUGUGGUGACCUUUUCUCCUCGCAGUUCACAGCUGGUUGCUCACCCACCUGGCACUGUAAUCACUUCAGUUAUCAAAGCUCAAGAAACAAAAACUCUUGUACAGGAAGUAGAGAAAAAGGAGGUCGAAGAUAAUUUGAAAGAAGACACUGAGAAAACUGAGCAACAGCCACAGCCUUAUGUGAUGGUGGUAUCCAAUUCCAAUGGAUUUACCUCUCAGGUAGCUGUGAAACAAAAUGAACUGCUGGAACCUUCCAACUCUUUUUAAUUAAUAUACCAAAGGAAUUAUGGCUGAUUGUUUUGUAAUUGAAUAUUUCCAGUCAUAUGCAAACUAUGUAAUUGAUUCUAACAUAAGUUCUACAGAUAUUCCUAAUUUUGUAGUUUACUGUCAAAAAUAAUAAUUUAGAGUUAAUUUUGACUUUGUUAGAUGAGGGAGGAAAACCCAGGUGUUUCUCUUUGUUCUCCAUGUGUUUCAGAAUUCAAUUGUGAAGGAACAGGAAUUUUAUACUAUGAAGACAUUCUUUUGAGAUUUUUUCAGUUGCUAUAUAAGAAUUUUUAAAGCUUCUUUUUUAAUUUUACAUUGUAUUAGCUUUUCUGAUUCUUUUGUAAAUAGAGUACUUCAAUAUAAGGCAACAGGAAAUUUAUAUAGGAACUAUUUUCAUUCCACUUGUGUAAGUUAAGUCUUGACUCUUUCAAAUGCAAGACACCUAUUUUAUGCUUUGUUAAAAUUAUGAUUUCACUUAGAUUGACCAGUUGGUUGCACUGUAUAAUGAACCAUGAAUAUGUAAAAAUAACAUUGAAAAUUGGAAUGUGCCCAUGAUAUGGCCAAACCCUGUUCCAGAAGCAGGAUAGUGGCUCUCCUGCUAACUUGUGUAACCUUGGGCAAGCCACUUGAUCGUUUUGGGCCUCACUUCUCUCAUAAAAGAAAAGGGUGCAUUGGAUUAGACUAGAUGAUCUCCAUUUUCCUUACUAGUUCUAAAUUUUAUGAUUCCAACUCCUAUAUUUUAAAGUUGUAUCAAUUAAAACAUUGUCAGAUUGUUUCCUAAUGUAAAUAUUAAGCUAAAAAAUUGCAGAAAAGUAAGUGGCCCUACAAAAUUCAUUCUUCUAUUAUCUGUAAGAUCUGCUACGAACCUGAAUUCCUAAAUACUUUUUGUUCAUUAACUCUUUAGGCCACUGUGCACUGUGGUCCCUUAGUAAACUUAUGUUGCUGAGUGCUAAGUGAUAUACUGCUAUUCUGAAAGAGUCAAGGUUCUUUCUUAAGGGCCCAGAAAGCAACAAAGCCUUGGGCUAAUCUGUCUGAGUAGUCAGUUGCUAUAAAAGCAUAAUUGCUUUAUAUUUUGGAUCAUUUUUUUACUGGGAGUGAGGGGGAGGGGAGUACAUACAAAGAUAAUAUACAUAUAUAUCCAAGAUUCUGAAAUGAAAUAGUUUUUAGACUACUUUUUCAACUGUAAAUAAUGUACAUUUAAUUUCACAAGAAAAAUUGUUUUCUGCAAAUUUUCUAGUAUAGCAAAGAAAUUUUUGUAGAUGAAAAAUCGUUAUGUUUAGAGGUCUAAUAUUAUAUGUUUUCAUAUUACAGAGUGAAUUUGUAUUUAAACAAAAAUUUAAAUUUUGGAAUCCUCUAAACGUUUUUGUAUCUUUAAUUGGUUUAUUAUUAAAUAAAUCAUGUAAAAAUUCUCA